AAGCUCGAAAAAUGUUCGAAAUGUCUCGGGUCGUCUCCGAAAGCGAAGUCAGUGCCCUCAAUUCUUUUCUGAGAAUCUUCAAGCCAGACUACACCUCGCGGAGUGUCAAGUUCUUCGUAAACGCGGAAGCGGUUGGCUUUGUGCAUCUUGACGCUUGCGCGAUUCUCGCGGAGAACGCAUCCGGAUUCUUCCGCAUCGAAGAGUCGAAAAAUGAGAUCCACUUCGACAGCUCCGAGACCUCCGAUGGAAUCACCGGGGAGAUCGCUCGGAGGCUUCAUCGCUUCCGGGAGAGGAAUUUAUUCCCCUGCCUGAGGGGCUGGCGAGAGGAAAUGCUGGAGGUGUCGCGAGUGUUUGGGGGAGAACCGCUCUUCGCUAUAGAGCGAUCGGCAACGCCACUCUUCGGAAUAAAACGUUAUGGAGUCCACAUAAACGGGUUCGUCGAGAAAGACGGAAAAAUUGACUUCGUGUGGCUCCAACGACGCUCCAGGACCAAGCAGCAAUUUCCGGGUGUCCUAGACAUCAUAGUGAGCGGGGGCUUACAGGCGGGAUCGACUCCGCUGGAAGCUGCACACAGGGAAUGUUUCGAGGAAGCAACAAUGACCGACGACUUGUGUAAGGAGCACCUAAAAUCAGUUGGCAGCGUGUCGUUCUUAUACGAAGACGAGCUCGGCUUGCAUCCAUUGACAUUCUUCUGCUACGAUGCGAGUCUUCCCGUCGAUUUCGAGCCGCGAGCCAACGACGGGGAAGUUGAGAAUUUCGUCAAGUUUCCAGUAGAUGAUCUUCUAGAUCUAAUCAGGGAUCCCGAGCGUUUCAAAGUUACAUCGGCCCCAACGGUACUCGACUUUUUGAUUCGACACCAUGUUAUAGACUCAAGCUACGGUUCUGCACUCAUGAAUAUCGCUUCGACUGUUCAUCAAAACCUACAAGAAGACUAUCCGGAAUAA